GUCCAACGAGCGAUGGACCCAAAGUAUAAGUCGCCACGGAAACGUAGUAGAUCGAGAGAAGAUUCAUCGGAUGGGGAAAGCAGUGGUUCGGAACGUCGGCAUAGUCGGCAUCACCGCAAGGAGAAAAAGCGGAGGCAUAAACAUGAAAAAAAAGAUAAGAAGAAACAUCAUCAUCGUCGUCACCAUCAUCGUGAGAGGUCCGUAUCGUCCAGUUCUGAAGAAGGGGAGGAGGAGGCACCUGUGGUGAAGGCUGAGCCGGACGAGGAGGAUUCGGG